GAGUGGUCACUGGAGAUUUAAAGAGCUGCCACUUCCUUGGGCCCCUAGAGGGCCUUGGGAGGUCACAGCAGCUGAGGGACACCCUGAACUGAGUGCGAGCCUCUGUUCUCCUGCCCAACCAUGCAGCUCUGCGGGGGCAAUGGGCUGCUGAGCGGGACGGACCCUGAGGAGCUUCAGAGGCAGCUGAAGAAGAAACAGAAGAACCGGGCGGCUGCGCAGAGAAGCCGGCAGAAGCACACGAACAAGGCGGACACCCUGCACCAGCAGCAUGAGUCACUGGAGAAACACAACCACGCCCUGCGGAAGGAGAUCCAGGCCCUUCAGGCAGAGCUGGCGUGGUGGAGUCAGACCUUGCACAUGCAUGAGCGCCUGUGCCCAAUGGACUGUGCCACCUGCUUGGUUCCAGUGUCCCCUGGCUGCUGGGGCCCGGCUGAGCGGCCCCCAAGCCCCGUGCCCCAUGAACAACAAGGCUGCCAGGAACAGCCAGGCCUGUUCCAGACCCCUGUCUCCUCUCCCUCGGCUCAGCAACUCUCUCCAGAUCCACAGCCUCACGGUUCCCUUGGCCUCCUCCUGUCCCCUCUGCCCUCGCUGUCCCUUGGUCCCACUGCGGUCACUUCAUCUUCGGCCCACCUGUCCACUAGUCCUAUCCAAUCUGCCUUGCCCACUGGCUCAGGCCUACUGAGGCCUUCCUCGAAGCUCAACACCCUCCUGCCCAGCCCCCCAGCCCAGCCUACCUCUCUACAGUCCCUCAGGCUGGAGCACGCCACCAGGGGGAAGCCGGAGUUCUCACCCCACAGCCCCGCAGCUGCUCUGGGACUGGGCUAUCUGCAGGGCAGGGAACAUAAGGCUGCUUCCUCAACAGCAGAUGGGCAAGGACUGGGUGUGAAUCCCAGCCCCCACCCUCUCCUGGCCUUCCCCUUGCUCUCCUCUGCUCAAGUCCACUUCUAACUGGCCCCCAGAACUAGGCUGGCCCCUUCCUUGGACUCAGAAACAGCCUUGGCACAUGGGCACCUCCUCCAUUGCACUGGAGGCCGCCUUUCUUGGCUGAUCAGCUGAACCAGGAUUUCACCAGGGAAAGGAAGCCAUCACUGCAUGCCCACCAUUUUGCCAGGUCCUGUCACAACUACUGUCUUAUUUCAACCUUGUGAUUGUCCUGCAAAAUCCAUAUUGUCAUUCUACUUUUUCAGGGGUAGCUCAGAGAAGUUGUUUGUCCAAGGUCACACAGCUUUUCUUGGGACCUGAAACACCACUAACUGCUCCUCCUUCCCCUGGUGGGAUCCUGGCCCAGGCACUCUAGGAGCUGAAGUCCUAGAAACUGAGGACUGGUGUGAGGAGGUUUGAGUGCUAGGAUUGGGGAGGGCCUCUCCCCUCUGCUUUGUGAUUUCCAGGGCCACAGAGCCCUGCAGUCUCUGAAACCUUGUCCUCACUGGGGCUGGUCCAGAGUCCAAGCCUGGAUGGGGAGAGGCCAAGCAGGAGCCCAGAAUUGAAUUCUUUCUGCCUCUAGCAGUGUUCUCGGUGCCAAAGCACUGAACCUGUGGGUUGGAGUUGGGGACAAGCCUGGAACAGUCCCCUUGAGAUUUCCACUGAAAUCCUAUAACCAUACCCUGACUUUGGGGAGAUUCUGCAGGGUCAGCUCUCCAGGCUAUUCCCAAAUAGCUCCCUGCCUCCUCCCUCCCCCUAGGACCAUGGCAGGUGGAUCUCUGAGAGCAUUCAUGUCAUGCACAAAAGGCAGGUGGAAAGAAUGAGGAAGGACCAGAUGUAAAGUUAUAAACUUUGCAAGUGCUGAACUCACACCUGGCAGCAGUGAGAACUGUGUCUUCUCCAGUACCACCCCCAUCCCUGUGCAGCCCCCAGACCCCCAUUACCCUCGGGUCCCUCUGAGCAGUGUCCUUGUGCUCUUUGGCCUGAUAGCAGCUAGAAGGCCAGGGGCUUGGGACCAGGUAGGAGCUGAGCUGCAGCAUCUGCUCAGGGGUGGGGGUGGGGUGGGGGAGAGGGUGGCAGGUUCUCAUUCAGACUCAGGACAAGGACUGUAAAGUGCCUGAGAUGAGAAGCUCCAGCUCUUUGCCCAGAUUACACACAUGUAAGCAGACACUAUGCUAGUAUUUGACACACUCCAGGAUGCUGAACACAAGUCCAGGCACCUAUGUUAUGGUAAAUAAAUUAAAGGGUUUUCCAAUUCUU